AUGACGAGAAGUGAAUCCGUGCAGACGGCGCAGACGGCGCAUGUUCAGAAGAUUACAUUUUUCAAUCUUGCUAUCGUCUUAGCAUUGUGUCUCGGUAGCUUGACUUAUGGCUACACGUUCAGUAUUGUGUCCACCACUCUCGGUCAGCCUUCUUGGUUCAAGUACUUCAACUUGACCCAAGAUCCCACCGAUACGGAGCGCUACGCUUACACGAAUCGCAUCAUCGGUGGAAUGAACGCUUGUUUCUCUGGCGGUGGUUUCUUGGGUGCCCUCUUCGUCGGAUGGUCCUCUGAUUACCUUGGUCGAAAGAAAACACUCCUAGUGGGAACGCCCAUUGCGAUCCUUGGAGGAGCGCUUCAGGGAGGUGCGGUCAACAUCGCCAUGUUUUUGGUUGGCCGUCUGCUGGGAGGCUUUUCAGUUGUAGGAAUUUUGGUGGUUCUCGUUCCGUUGUUCCAAUCUGAGAUCGCACCACCAGCGACUCGAGGUUUCUUGGUUUCUCAGCACGGUGUCGUCCUUGUCUUGGGAUACUCACUCGCCGCAUGGGUCGGCGUGGCCUGCUACUUUUCAGAUAAUGAAGCUUUCCAGUGGCGAUUCCCUCUGAUCGUUCAAGUGAUCUGGCCUCUGAUCAUGUUGAUCCUGACUCCUUUCUUGCCAGAGUCUCCGCGUUGGCUCUUGUUCAAAGAUCGUCCUGCUGACGCCUGGAACGUCGUCGCCAAGCUCCACGGAACCGGCCAGGAGACAGAUCCUGCAGUUGCAUCCUUUGCCCGAGAAGAGUUCUAUCAAAUGUCGCACCAGGUGCAAGCCGACAAACGCAUGGCUGCUGGGGAGACGCUCAUGACCCUGUUCAAGAAGCCAUCAUACCGCAGACGCAUGAUUUGCGCCUUCUUGACCAUGUUUGGUGCCGAAUCCACCGGUAUUCUCGUCAUCUACAAUUACUCCGUACUGCUCUACCAGGGUCUCGGAUUCACAGGCAGCAUUCCACUCAUCCUGGCAGCCGCCUAUGUCAGUGUUGCAUGCUGCGGCAACUACAUUAACUCUAUGAUUAUCGACCGUAUCGGCCGGAAGAGUUGUCUCGUCAUUGGAUUCUCCGGCUGUCUUAUCUGUCUCUGCUUCGAAGCAGCGUUAAGCGCCCAAUACAUCGGAAGCUCAGACUCCGCCGGUCUUAGCGCUGGCGUGUUCUUCUUGUUCCUGUACAUCACGUUCUACGGCUGCUUCGUCGACGCAACAACAUUCGUAUACUGCUCAGAGAUCUUCCCGACCCACAUCCGAUCUCGCGGUCUCGCAUUCUCCUUGGCUAUCCUCUUCCUGUCAACCAUCGCUUACCUCGAGGCCGCUCCGACCGCUUUUGCCGAAGUCGGCUGGAAGUAUUAUCUACUGUUCAUCAUCCUUACAGCAAUCAACCUUCCGCUCGUCAUGUACUUUUUCCCCGAAACAAAGGGCCUCUCGCUCGAGGAAAUCGGCGAAAGGUUCGGAGACGAAGUCGUUGUGCAUCUGACGGAUCUCUCUGAGGAAGAACGCGCCAAGCUUGACGAGAGGAUCAUUGCUGAGAAGCAGGGGCUUGCUGCUGAUCACGUAGAGAUGACUGCGCCUGGCAAAGCGGUUUGA